GGUGGGUCCCGAGGCCGCGGCUUCCGCCGGCGCCGGAGGCUGGGCUCGCCGCUGCCCUUGGACCAGGGGGUCGCUGUUGGCGCGGAGACCGCAGCAUUCAUUAUGAACGUAAUUCAGAUUGUACGUGACCACUGGGUACAUAUACUUGUCCCUAUGGGAUUUGUCCUUGGAUGUUAUCUAGACAGAAGGAAUGAUGAAAAGCUAACUGCCUUCCGGAACAAGAGUUUGUUAUUUAAAAGGGAAUUGAGACCCAAUGAAGAAGUCACCUGGAAGUAAAGGCUGUGGCUGAAUUACAGAAUGUUCACAUUUUUAAAAUUAAGAGAGAAAUAAAAACACAUUAUUUAAUUUGGAGUCUCAUUCUUUUAGUGCUGGAGUAAUCUUUCACAUUUCAAG